AGACACAAUGGUUUUAUUUUCCUUAAUGUAAGAGAGAUUUCUGACCUUAUCUGACCAGAGGAAGCAGCUCAGUGAAUCCUUAUCCAAACACUCUAAACACAGUUUAGAUAAGAGUCCACAGUCUUCCUUAAACUCUCCUUAGUAUUAGAUCUGAACCUGAGAUUAAGGCUGGUCAUAUACUAUAAUUUUGUUUCAUUUUAAAAUGCUGUGUAGUCAGAGACUAGGAUUCAUGCAUGUCUGGAACAUUGUUUUAGGAAGAACCUGAACUACAAACUUCUUCCAAGUAUUAAACAUUAAUAAUAAGGCUUAUACCUCUUUCCAGGAUUAAACCUGAACUAAAUUUACUCCCACUAGUUCCUGACUAGUCUGGGAAGAGAGUGUCCAGAGGUGGGUGGAAAUGAGCAUGGCACUAGGGGGUUAAAAUGGAACAGAGGGUACCGGAGGAGGGUAAAGAGUGACAGAAAACAGUGAUGUCAUGGUCAGUUUGGGAACAGAGGCUAAAGAGGCCCAAAUCUACCACUUGUAGGCCCAUCACAAGGUGGAGGCUGAUGAUGUAGUCCUGAGUAGGGCCACACGAUAUUGGAAAAAUUUUAAAUAACAAAAUAAGAGUGUUUUUUCUGGUAUUAAAUGCGUGAAUUCAGCUGUAACUGGAAAUACCAGUGCAAAACUGUGCUGUUCUGAGGUGCACAGCUUUCAACAUGUGUUUACAAGCACGUGCCCAACCAUGUGGAUGGAGGACAUGCGGUUACCUCGUGUUUUCUCCUGCCCCCCUCGCGAUCCCCUUUCUUCUCACGUUUCUCAUGCAGCAGAGGAGCCUGUCACUUACACAGACACAGAGACAACGGCUCUUCCUCUGCUCUGAGAUGCGUCGGUGGUCCGCUGCAGGUGGGCUGAGAGUUCAGCGGCUGACAUGGUGCUCCAGGUGCAGGGAUGUUGUUCGCUGUUGCUAGUGCAGCGGGCAAAAGGCCAAUCACUGCCCAAUUCACGGUUCUAUCCACUGUCCACUCCACUUUCCUGUUCAAUCCCCAGUCCACUGUCAUAUACACUGCCCAGUUUACUAUUCUGUCCACUGCCUGGUCCAGUUCACACACUGCCAUCAGGUGACCAGACACAGUCCAUGCCAUGGAAAACAUUUCGUCCUCCUCGGAGAACAGCUCAGGGACAUUCAGGACAUUGGGGGUGACGGUGGCCCCUGUAGGGCAGGAUGUGGGUCAGGUUGAGGUGGACGGCCUUGGACUCCCCUUGAAGGUCUUCUUCUGCCUGGCCAUGGCCUGUGUGCUGUUGCUGGCCUUUCUGGGAAACGUGGUGGUGUGUGUGAUGGUUUACCGCCGCGCUGCUAUGCGCUCUGCCAUUAACAUCCUGCUGGCCAGCCUGGCGUUUGCAGACAUGAUGCUGGCACUGCUCAACAUGCCCUUCGCUCUGGUCACCACGGUCACCACACACUGGGUGUUCGGAAAAGCCUUCUGCCGACUGUCAGCCAUGUUCUUCUGGCUGUUUCUGCUGGAGGGCGUGGCUGUGCUGCUCAUCAUCAGCGUGGAUCGGUUCCUGAUUAUCGUGCAGAAGCAGGAUCGACUCAGUCCUAGACGAGCAAAGACGCUUAUUGUCGUGUCAUGGACGCUGUCUCUCUGCCUAGCCUUCCCGCUGUCUAUAGGAUACCCAACAUUACAGAUGCCACCUCGUGCCCCCCAGUGUGUGUUUGGCUACACUGAUGAGCGUGGCUACCACGCCUAUGUGCUGCUGAUCGUGUUGGUCUUCUUCUUUGUACCGUUCUCCGUGAUGCUCUACACGUUCGUGGGCAUUCUGGGCACCAUCCGGCACAACGCACUGAGGAUCCAUUCCAACUCCGACUCCAUUUGCCUCGGCCAGGCCGGGAAGCUAAGCCUUACGGGCCUGCGCAGACCCUUCAACAUCAACAUCGACAUGAGCUUCAAAACACGUGCCUUCACCACCAUCCUCAUCCUCUUCUCUGUCUUCACCGUGUGCUGGGCUCCAUUCGCCGCCUACAGCCUGGUGGCCACCUUCAGCAGCUCUUUCUACACCAGCCGAAGCUUCUUUGAAAUUAGCACAUGGCUGCUGUGGCUUUGCUACCUCAAAUCAGCCCUAAACCCUCUCAUCUACUACUGGCGGAUAAAGAAGUUCCGUGACGCCUGCGUGGACCUCAUGCCCAAGUACUGCAAGAUCCUGCCUGAGUUUUCCGGUAACACCCGGAGGAGAAUCCGCCCCAGUACUGUUUAUGCAUGUGCGGAACAUCGCUCUGUGGUGUAGGACCUUAAAAGCUAUAUCUGGGCCUUCAUUGUUUUCUGGAAAUACUUUGACAAGAAGAAAAUAGGAAAAAAUUCCCCCAGUUUUCCUAUUCCUCUAACUGUAGUUGAUCAGCCGGAAAGUUUAAUGCCUCUUUACCACUUUACUCUGGAUCUGUCUGGAUGAGUCUAAAAGAGCUCAAAGGCAAUGUAUCAAGCAAAUAUGAAGUUAAUUAUCCUCUUAGCGUACUGCCUGUACUAAUUGGAAGCUCCAGCAUAAAACUAGAGAAGCACCAAACGCGCCUCGAGCAAUCGACUACAGUAAAUUUGUUGGGGUUGAUUGUUUUUUUUUGUGGCUUUAAAAUGGUAACUGUGUGCAGAUCUGUAAUGUUUACGUGUGUGAAAAUGACAGAAUGGCAGUGCGAUUGUGUGAUUAGUUUACAUUGUGUGUGCUGUCGGGUGAACACAAUGAGCCUGCUGUUGUAAAAUGUGCUGUUAAACCAGUUGCUGCUUUAUCAGUGAAAAUGUGCAAUUUUAAGUGUCUUAGCUGUUCUUUGAAACUUGAUUAAAAACAUUUGUUACAUUGUUACAA